ACCUACAUACAAGAUCACUUCCUAUCUUCGCUUUGUACUUGCCUUGUGUAUUUGAAGUGUGUUGUGGGGUGAAACAGCCAAUAUAAAACAUUUGCGAGUUUAAAGAUUAGUACAUUGAUAAGUAUACUAACUUAAAAGUGUGUGUGUGUGUCUUUAUGCAACAUAUUCUGGUUUUGAUAAUAAACGAUUGUAUUUAACAAGAAGAGCCAAUAUAACAGUGAAUAAACAACUUUUUAGUAGGAGGAAAGUUCACAAUAAAUAUUGAAAAUGGCAACUUCUGUAGAUGCAAUUCAUAAAAGUUCAGAUCAAAUUAAUCCAGACCAGAUGUAUGUUACGAAGAAGUCUGAGUAUAAUGUGAAAGUAGCAAGUGACAAACGUCAGACUUGCUACAUCUCGGGCAUUUGCAGCCUGCCUAGUGGUCAUACUAUUGUUGCAGAUUAUAAUAAUAACAGAGUGAAGAUGUUUGACAAGGAUUACAAUUUGUCCAGUGACUUGGUAGUUAAUUGUAAUCCGCAGGACAUUUGCACAAUCUCGCCAAGUGAGGUUGCUGUCACAACUGUUAAUAAUACAUAUUUCAAAUUAAUCAGAGUGAGAAACGGGAAGCUGGAUAUUUUAAAUUUUACCAAGUUACCACAUGCUACCCUUGGCAUUUCAUGCCAUCAGGAAGAACUGUAUAUCACAUCUGGCACUGCUCUCUACCACUACGACCUGUUAGGGAAUUUGUUAAAAAAGCUCUAUGAGGAUACUGGAGGUGGCAUUACAGUGUACAAAUGUGCAUUUAGUCCUGAUGGUAAUUGGAUCUAUGUCACCAACUUUGCCCAGAACAAGCUCAUUACACUGGCCACGGACGGCACCCUGAUAUCAACUUUUACUGACCCUGAACUACAGGGGCCAAAAGGUGUACACGUCACACCCACAGGACAAGUCCUUGUCUGUGGUAUCAUCUCCCAUACUGUCAUACAGGUCGACCGUGAGGGGAAAAAGAAACUGGCAACUCUGGCUUCAGAGAACGAUGGACUGCGCUACCCAGUGUCUGUCUGCUACAACACCAACACUGACCAGAUGAUUGUGGGACUAUUUGCUAGCAAUAACAUCAGUGUUAUGGAAUUGAAAUAGCUCAUCCAUGUGGACAAAAACAUGGUUUUAAA